GUAUUGACUGACAGUGAAACUUUAGUGGAGAUGUUUUUUUCUCUCCCUCACGAUGCCUGGGCGACACUGAUGGUCACGUGACAGGACGCUUACCGCAAAGAUGGUGAUUUUCAGUGUGUAUAUUGUCAACAAGGCUGGAGGCUUAAUUUAUCAGUAUGACAACUAUGUUCCCAGAGCAGAGGUCGAGAAGACGUUCAGCUACCCCUUAGAUUUAGUCCUCAAACACCACGAUGAAAAAGUGGUUGUGUCGUUUGGACAGCGGGACGGAAUCCGAGUGGGUCAUGCAGUGCUGUCCAUCAAUGGAGUUGAUGUGAUUGGCAAGAACACAGCAGAUGGCAAGGAUAUUCUUGAAUAUUUAAAAGAACCCUCAAAUUAUCCAGUGUCUAUUCGAUUUGGACGGGCCCGCCUGAGCUCCAAUGAGAAGCUGAUGCUGGCAUCUAUGUUCCACUCAUUGUUUGCUAUAGGUUCACAGUUGUCCCCUGAGGCUGGAAGUUCAGGGAUCGAGAUGCUUGAAACAGAUGUAUUCAAACUUCACUGCUUCCAGACUCUCACAGGCAUCAAGUUCAUUGUGCUGGCAGACCCUCGACAGUCUGGUAUUGAUGCUUUGUUGAAGAAGAUUUAUGAGAUAUAUUCAGACUUUGCCCUCAAGAAUCCAUUCUAUUCGUUGGAAAUGCCAAUCAGGUGUGAACUCUUUGACCAUAAUUUGAAAAGUGCAUUGGAGGUAGCAGAGAAAGCUGGCAACUUUGGAGCUGGCUCUUGAACCAGAGGUUUGGGAGGCAAUCUGGAUGACAACAACAAGGUUCUCUCUAACCACAGCAUUGUCUCCACACAAAUGUGUCUGCUGAGUGUAAAAUGUCUUUUGUGAUACAUUUACCCCAGUUACUGAAGUGCUGGUAAUUGACAAAUUGUAUAUAAUGAUGUUGUGUAUAUACUUAAAACAUUAAAUUCAUUUGAAUUUGGAUGCGUGUGACACUGUUGUUAAAUAAAUUCUGUUUUUCCUUUAAAAGAUUAA